AUGACGACCGCGCGUGACAAUAGCGCGACGACGCUCGAGCUGUAUCGCAAGACGCUGAAUUUCAAUGUGAUCGGCAGAUAUGACCCCAAAAUAAAGCAGCUGCUGUUCCACACGCCGCAUGCGACGGUGUACAAGUGGGAGGCCGGCGAGAACAAGUGGAACAAGCUGGAGUACCAGGGCGUGCUGGCUAUAUAUCUACGCGAUGUGCGCGAGCAGGCGGAGCUGCCGGUGCCGCACCAGGAGGCGAGUGCAGGCGCGGAGGGGCGGUGCGGCGAGGUGCUCAGCGGGCGCGACAUCUACAACUACGCGCUGAUCGUGCUCAACCGGAUCAACCCCGAGAACUUCUCGAUUGCAAUUGCGCCGAACAGCGUUGUGAACAAGCGGCGUCUCUUUUCGCCGGAGGAGAACGUGCAGCAGCCGCUGGAGCCAAUGGACGUUGAGGUCAAAGAUGAACUGGUGAUCAUCAAAAACCUGCGGAAGGAGGUGUACGGCAUCUGGAUCCACACGCCAACCGACAGGCAGAACAUCUACGAUUUACUGAAAUAUCUCCUGGAGAACGAGCCGAAGGAUUCGUUUGCCUGA